ACACACACACACACACACACACACACUCUCUAUCUCUCUCUCUCACACAAACACACGCCACACACCCCUGCCCACUGGAGACCAGUUAAAUCCGCAAGAAAACUGCAAACGCGCAUCAGAGCGGUCGCCUAAUCCGAUUGAUCGGUCCAGACAAGACGCGUGAAAACUAGAGGAACUACUGGACACCACAGAGGACAACUUGCUCUUUUGAAUUUUUUUUUCUUUUCUUUCUGUGAGAUCGGGGUAUUUUUUUAUUCUAGGAGAGUUUUGGCAACAAGACGCACCAUCCUUAGAGAGAGAAUGAGACAGUGUAAAGGGUGGAGCUUGGUGCUGCUGAUGAUGCUGGGCCUGGGAUCUUUGGCCCAGAAGCUGCCUACAAGAGAUGAAGGGCUUUUUCAGAUGCAGAUCAGAGACAAGUCGAUGUUUCAUGACUCCUCCGUCAUACCAGAUGGGGCUGAGAUCAGUGGCUACCUUUUCAGGGACACGCCCAAAAGGUACUACUUUGUGGUGGAGGAAGACAACACCCCCUUGUCUGUGACAGUGACACCUUGUGAUGCUCCUCUGGAGUGGAAACUGACCCUGCAGGAGCUACCAGAGGACUCGAGUGGAGAAGGAUCAGGACAGCCAGAACCCCUGGACCAGCAGAAGCAGCAGGUGACUGUGGACGAAGGCACCGAUCUCUUUACCUACAAGGGAAACGACGUGGAGUCCUACAUGGCAACCAGCACGCCCUCCGGCCUCUACCAGCUGGAGUUGCUUUCCACCGAGAAAGACAGCAACUUCAAGGUGUACACCACCACAACCCCAGAGUCUGACCAGCCCUACCCGGAGCUGCCGUACGACCCCCGCGUGGACGUGACCGCUCUGGGUCGCACCACCGUCACUCUAGCCUGGAAGCCGACGCCCACAGGCUUUCUGAUGGGCCAGCCCGUGCAGUACUGUGUGGUGAUCAAUAAGGAGCACAACUUCAAAAGCAUGUGUGCCGCCGAGGCCAAAAUCAGUGCCGACGACGCUUUCAUGUUGGCUCCAAAGCCCAUCAGAGACUUUAGCCCGUUUGACUUUGUGCACUUUGGCUUUGUUCCCUCCGACAACGGCUUUGGCAAGGACCGAGGCCUUUCCAGCAACAGGAUCUCACGAGCGUAUUUAGCCAAACCCAAGGUGUCGGACAUUCAGAAGGUGUGCAUCGGCAACAAAAACAUCUACACGGUGUCGAACCUUAAACCAGACACGCAGUACUACUUCGAUGUGUUCGCUGUGAACUCGGCCACCAACACCAGCACAGCGUAUGUAGGAACAUUUGCUCGCACUAAAGAGGAGGCCCGUCAGAAGACCAUGGAGCUGAAGGACGGCAAAGUGUCGGACGUCUUCAUCAAGAGGAAGGGCACGAAGUUUCUGCGCUUUGCUCCCGUGUCCUCCCACCAGAAGGUCACUCUCUCCGUGCACUCGUGCCUAGAUUCGGUGCAGGUGCAGGUGAGGCGAGAUGGAAAGCUGCUGCUGUCCCAGAACGUGGAAGGGGUGCGGCAGUUCCAGCUGCGGGGCAAGCCCAAAGCCAAGUACCAGAUCCGCCUGCGGGGGAGCCGGAAGGGGGCGUCCACUCUGAAGGUGCUCGCCACCACGCGGCCCAGCAGCAAGCAGCCCUUCCCUUCUCUGCCGGAGGACACCCGCAUCAAGGCCUUCGACAAGCUGCGCACCUGCUCCUCCGUCACCGUGGCCUGGCUGGGCACGCAGGACCGCAACAAAUACUGCAUUUACCGCAAAGAGGUCGCUGACAACUACGGCGAGGAGCAGCGGCGCAGGGAGCAGAAUCAGUGCGCCGGGCCGGAGACCCGCAGGAAGUCCGAAAAGGUCCUGUGCAAGUACUUUCACAGCCCGAACCUGCAGAAAGCUGUGACCACAGAGACCAUCACGGGUCUGGAGCCGGGCAAGACCUACCUGCUGGACGUUUACGUGGUGGGACACAUGGGUCACUCAGUAAGAUACCAGAGCAAACUGGUGAAAACAAGGAAAUACUGCUAAAUGACACUGCAAAGAAUAAAUCUAUUAUAUAAAUAUAUAUAUUAAAUAAGUUUAUUUAACACUAAGUGAUAUUCUACUAAGAAGUGUACACAGACUGACUACUCAUGCAGCUGGUGGGCCUGUAGCAGAGACUGAACUGUUUGUAGAGAAAGAGAAGAGAUAUCAACCUGUAUAUUUAUGUUUACAUUUUAUCUCGGGGCGCCCGAGAGGCCCGAAGCGUGAGCUGCUUUUCCUACCAGGCUCAUCGUCGUUACAUCAUGUUGCCAGCGGGGAGGCGGAGCUUCAGAUAAAAAUCCCAUUUCUUCCUGUAGGUUUCUUUGUCCGCUGCAUGACGUUUGCUUUUGUCCGUCGCAUCCUUCCAGCAAGAGUCACCGAGGCUGGAGGAGACCCAGCGGCUUUCGGCUUUGUAUAGAUCUGUCAUCGCAUACUCUUUCCAUGUUUUAGGAGAAAUUUAAAUUAUUUUAUACUUUGUGUCUAUAUUUUUGAUGGUCUCUUUUUAUUGAUGACAGUGAUAACUGUUUUUAAGAUAAUUUCCAGUUUUAUGUGGAAGUUGUAGUUCAAGACAUUCCCUUUAUGUAUCCCAGCCAGUAUUUCCUCUAGAGCCCAUCUUGUAAAAGUAUACUGUUCUGUGCUGGAGAUCUGUGUUAUUAUCACUGUAUCGCUGUGUGUGUGUGUGUGUGUGUGUGUGUGUGUGUGUGUGAGUGUGUGUGUGUCACAUGUACAGAGAUGUCCUGCCAAUAUUCAUGUACAUAAAGCCUAAAUAUAGAACAAGUAAUCCCUGUGUCA